AUGAUAUGGAUGUAUUGUAUUAUGUUCCAAAUCCCUUUCUCUUUCUUUCGGUUUCCGAUCAACUAUUCGCGCUGUGUGCAUCAAUUAUUGAUCAUCGAUCAUUCCAGGAAAUACUUCUUGCAAUUGGUGAGUCUGCUGCAGACAAUGCGGGGCUAUGACAAUGAAGGAGAUGAUUAUGAUGAUUAUUACGAGGACGAGGGACAAGACGAGUAUGAAGAGGAGAAUGAGGAAGAGUAUGAAGAAGAGGAAGAGAAACCUAGGAAACCUUCAAAGGAAGAAAUUGAGUACCUUGAGUUGAGGCAGAAGCUGAAAGAGUCAAUUAGAAAGCAGAUGAAGAAGGAGAGUAGUGGUAGUAGUACUUCGCGCUUGGAUGGAACAGACCGAAGGAAGAAUAAGCUUCCUUAUGAUAAUUAUGGUUCCUUUUUCGGUCCAUCUCAGCCAGUUAUUGCACAGAGAGUAAUCCAGGAGAGCAAGUCAUUGCUAGAAAACCAGCAUGUGGCAUCUAAGGUUUCUAACCCACAUCACAUUAAGAAAAACCAGAAUAAAGCACCUAGUGGGGGAUCAAAGUCUUCAUCUCAUAAUCCGCCUCCCAAAGUCAGCCAGAUGCAAGUUAAAGCCCAGAAACUCAAGAAUACUAGAGAUUACUCGUUUCUUUUAUCUGAUGACACGGAGCUUCCAGCACCUUCUAAAGCUCCCCCACCUCGGAAUAUGCCUAUACGAAAUUCUGAUGGACGACCAGCUCAAGUUCCACCAGCAAGGAGUAAACAGCCUGUAAGCAAUGGUAACAAGCAUGUUCGUGCCAGUCAUGAGGAACGGAACCUAGGUUCUGCGGCUGGUCGUUUGCCUCCUAAAUCCGGUUCCAGUUAUAAGACUAGUUCAAUCAGUAAACCUAGUAUGGCAUCAGCUGAUUCUAGAAAACAGCUUGGUAACAAUAGUGGUAAUGGACCAGGCCGGCCAAUAGGGUCAAAUGGCAUGUCUUCAAAGAUGUCUGUUGCUAACACAGGGAACAAGUCUUCAACAACUGGUAUGAAAAACCCUGUGAAUGGUAUGCAAAAAUCACUCCCUUCAAAGACUCAUCCACCCAUUUCAAGGCAGAGCGUGGAUCAAAGAAUUCCAAGGCAGAGCAUGGAUCAAAGAAUUCCAAGACAGAGCGUGGAUCAAAGAAUUCCAAGACACAGCGUGGAGCAAAGAAUUCCAAGACACAACGUGGAUCAAAGAAUUCCAAGGCAGAAUGUGGAACAAAGAAUUCCAAGGCAGAGUAUGGAACAAAGAAUUCCAAGGCACAGUGUGGAACAAAGGAAAGACAUACGAGAACUAAAUAGACCUAAAAUGAUACCAAAACAACCUGUGGCAUCAUCAAAACCACAGGUAAAUAAGCCACUGAAACAAAAUUCAAUGCAAACUGCUUCACAUGAUCAUCGUUCCAAGCCUAAGGUUGGGAGACGACCCUUUGAUGAUGAGGAAGAUGAAAUGGAUAUUAGUAACAUGAUCAGAUCAAUGUUUAAUUACAAUCCCAAGAAGUUUGUUGAUGAUGAUGAUGAUGAUAAUAUGGAGGCAGGCUUUGAUGAAAUCAUGAGGGAAGAAAGGAGGAGUGCCAAAAUUGCUAAAAGGGAGGACGAGGAACAACUUAGAUUAAUUGAGGAGGAAGAGGAAAGAGAGAGGAGAAGACGAAUGGCGAAGUUAAAGAAACGGAAGCUUGGUGAGUAG